UUUGCGUAGGGCUAACUAUUGUCAAUUAACAUAAUUUAUCAUAUUCCUUUGUGCUGCAGGAAUUUAUUAGAAAGUGAAAAGUUGAUCUAAACUAUUUCCAUAUUAACUACAUGAUGUUUCGGACGAACAGGGAAAACGUUUCGAUACCGAAAUUCUUCGAAAAGAAGAACGUUUUACUCACCGGAGCUACCGGAUUUAUAGGUAGAGUUUUAGUGGAAAAACUGUUAAGAUCAUGUCCUGAUGUUAAUACAAUUUAUGUGUUGUUGAGACCUAAAAAAGGCAAGUGUGUUCAAGAAAGAAUUAAGGAUAUUGUAGAUAUACCUAUUUUUGAUAGACUGCGGAAAGAAAACCCCAAAGCUCUAGAAAAAAUUGUGGCCUUGAGUGGCAACGUAGAAGCGGAAGGAUUAGGUCUUAGUGAAGAGGACAGAAAGACGAUUAUAGAAAACGUGAAUAUAAUCUUCCACAAUGCAGCUUCCGUUCGCUUCGACGAUCACUUGAAAAAGGCUGUCUUUGCUAACACAAGAUCUGCGCGUGAGAUGGUUAUGUUAGCGAGACGAGUAAAAAAAAUCGAGGUUUUAACGUACACAUCGACUGCUUACGCUAACUGCAAUAAGCUCACCAUCGACGAAAAGCUUUAUCCGCCUCAAAUCCAGUGGGAAGACCUCAUACGGAUCGCCGAAGAAGGUGAUGAAUUGCUACUGGAAAAAUUAACUCAAAAAUUUAUAGGAGACAUGCCAAACACAUACACUUUUACAAAAGGAGUUGCCGAACAUGCUGUAGCAGAUUUAUGUAAAGGGAAAUUUCCUUCUGUAAUUGUCCGACCAACAAUAGUACAACCAUCGUUUUCUGAUCCAAUUCCGGGUUGGGCAGAUAACUUGAAUGGCCCAGUAGGGAUUAUGUAUGGUGUUGGAAGAGGUGUAACGAGGGCAAUUUACGGAGAUAUAAAUGUUGUGUACGAUUAUGCUUUUGUUGACAGCGUAGUAAAAGCUUUAAUAAUAUCCUCGUGGAAAGCCGCGUUAGCACGAGAUGUCGAAAAUAUUUCAAUUUACAACAUUGCUGCCGACUUGAAUUAUCCACUGAGAGAUCUUGUUCGUAUUGGACUGUACUACAAGGACGUGAAUCCUCUUAAACAGUGUCUUUGGCCUGCUAAUCCACAAAUAUAUUCAAACUAUCAUUUAUUUUUUCUAAUGACCCUCAUAAAACAUUUCCUUCCUGCUAUAUUAAUCGAUACGACGUUGAAGAUAUUGCAAAGGAAACCACUACUGUACACUAUCCAAAGAAAAGCUUUGAUUUCUAACACAUGUCUGAUAUAUUUCAUGAGGAAUUCUUGGACGUUUUUACAUACAAAUUACCAUGUAUUAAUUAAAUGCAUAUUACCAGAAGACGCCGAACAAUUUUCCAUAACUCAUUACGGUUCCAAUCCAAGCGAAAAAAUAAAAAACGACUUUUUAUUUAACACGUAUCUUAAGGGGUUAAGGAAAUACGUAGCAAAAGAUCCCGAUGCCUCCGAAGCAGAUAUUAUAAAGCAAAAAUGGUUAAUACGAAUAUCAAACGCCUGGAAAUUCAUGUGGAAAAUGGUAGCAUUGUAUUAUCUAAUUCAAUUACUAGUAUAUACAAUGGAAAAAGUAUUUGCUGAUGCAUAAAAUAAUUAUGUAUUUAGUAAAAUAGAUAAUUAUUCGAACAUAGCGUUGUU